AUGGCCUUCGUGGCUAGCUCGGCAGCACAGUUCGCACAGUUUGUCUCCGACCAAUAUGCUUUAUCGGUCAACAUUCCCUCAGAUACAGCCUCGUCAGGGAGCGGCUCGAUCUUUGUCCAGAUCAGCGCGCCGAGCGGGACACAAUGGAUCGGUUUCGGGCAAGGCUCGCGCAUGGCUGGUGCCAACAUGCUCGUCGUCUAUGCCGCCGACAGCACGAACGUGACCGUCUCUCCCAGAUUAGGUACUGGCCACGUUCAACCCGACUUCAACCCGGACGCGUCCAUUUCAGUCCUAGAAGGAAGCGGUAUCACAUCAGAUGGCACUCUCGUGGCCAACAUCCGUUGCGACUCCUGCCUGAGUUGGAGUGGGGGCAGCAUGAGUGCAACCGAUAGCUCAAGCAGUUGGAUCUUUGCCUACAGAGACGGAGACCCGCUCGACUCGACCGAUCAGAGCGCCGGAAUUUCACAGCAUGGAAACACUGGUGGUUUCACGCUGGACUUAACUCAAGGUAUUGGUGGCAGCUCUUCAAAUCCGUUCGUGGCGGCGGCGGCAGCGCCAUCAGCAACUGAAUCCGGCUCUCCAUCACAAACCGCAAGUGGAACGCAGGCCCCCGAAACAGAGACUGGCACAGCUACCACCAGUACGGUGGCCACGGCGACUGGCCCAGUCUCCAACCCUAUCGCAAGCUCCGACCCUUCAUCAUCGGGUGCAACUGUGAGCAGCGGCCCCGACAACAGUGUCCGAAUCGGCCACGCCACCAUCAUGUCUCUGGUCUUUGUCGUGCUGUUCCCCUUGUCAGCAUUGACACUCUAUCUGCCAUAUAGCAAUAAAGUUCGACACAUUCACGCUCCACUGCAAGUUGUCACCAUCAUCCUCAUGCUUGCCGGUCUCAGCCUAGGAGUCAGACUCGGACAUCAGGUUGACAAUCUGGACGGCUACCACAUGGUCCUCGGCUAUCUUCUCGUCGCGUGGAUGGUCGCUUUCCAACCGAUUUUGGGCCUACUUCAGCAUCUCCACUUCCGCAAGGUCGGCAACCGCAGCAUCUCAGGUCACGUGCACCGCUGGGUUGGUCGUGUCUUGAUGCUUUUGGGCGUCGUCAACGGCGGCCUAGGAUUCAGGACCGCCGGUUCCCUCGGCACCGAUAACGUCCCUAGCUCUGGGGUUGCCGUCUACAGCGUCUUCGCCGUCGUCGUGGCCUUGAUCUACGUUGGGGUGUUGGUAUGGCCAAAAUCAUCACCAAAGGGAGAGUUUGCUCAAGCUCUCCCGGGCGAGAAGGCCCGACCGCGAACGGACGGCUAUGAGAUGCAUAGCCGCUCGCCUGGCGGUCGCCGCAUGUGA